AUGGAUAUUAAAUUUGAAGGAAACGAUGCCGAGUGCACAGCUGGCCUGAAAAAGGCCAGUGAAGGAAGUUUUGUAUUGAAAGAUCACGUUCUGAUAGAAUUCAAAAUCAACGGAAAAGUGGCGGGAAAGAUAAAGACACCAUGUGAGGGUGUAGUUACUUUUGGAAAAGGUCUUAAACCAGGAAUCGUAUUGAAUAAGGGUCAAGUGAUUGCUACAGUAUCCGAAUGUACUCAUGCAAUUGUUAUCAAAGAUAUGUGUGCAACAUGUGGUAAAGAUCUACGUGAAAAGGGAGGACGAGCCGGUCAGAGAAAGGAACAAUCAACGGCUAAUGUAUCUAUGAUUCAUCAUGUUCCAGAACUUAUUGUGUCGGAUACGCUAGCAAAAGAGAUUGGAUCAGCCGAUGAAAACAAUCUGAUCACCAAUAGAAAACUCGUAUUGCUUGUUGAUUUGGAUCAGACAAUUAUUCACACUUCCGACAAACCAAUGACUGUGGAUACUGAAAAUCACAAAGACAUCACCAAAUAUAACCUUCACUCUCGUGUUUAUACCACUAAACUCCGACCACAUACAACAGAAUUCUUGAAUAAAAUGUCAAAUAUGUAUGAAAUGCACAUUGUUACCUAUGGACAACGUCAAUAUGCUCAUCGUAUUGCUCAGAUUCUUGAUCCAGAUGCUCGACUCUUUGAACAACGCAUUUUGUCUCGAGAUGAACUAUUCUCGGCUCAACACAAGACCAAUAAUUUGAAGGCUCUAUUCCCAUGUGGCGACAAUCUUGUAGUGAUUAUUGAUGAUCGAUCAGAUGUCUGGAUGUAUUCUGAAGCACUUAUUCAAAUCAAACCUUAUCGAUUCUUCAAAGAAGUCGGCGACAUUAAUGCUCCAAAAAACUCAAAAGAACAAAUGCCAGUUCAAAUUGAAGAUGAUGCUCAUGAGGAUAAGGUUCUUGAAGAAAUUGAGCGAGUUUUAACGAAUAUUCAUGAUAAAUAUUAUGAAAAGCACGAUUUAAGAGGAUCCGAGGAAGUGUUGCUUGAUGUAAAGGAAGUGAUCAAAGAGGAACGACACAAAGUUCUUGAUGGAUGUGUCAUUGUUUUUUCGGGAAUCGUACCAAUGGGUGAAAAGCUUGAAAGAACUGAUAUUUAUCGUUUGUGUACUCAAUUUGGAGCAGUUAUUGUACCAGAUGUGACUGAUGAUGUUACUCAUGUUGUUGGAGCAAGAUAUGGAACACAAAAAGUUUAUCAAGCCAAUCGUCUCAAUAAGUUUGUGGUCACAGUUCAAUGGGUAUAUGCUUGUGUCGAAAAGUGGCUUAAAGCAGAUGAAAAUCUGUUUCAACUAACAAAAGAAAGUACUCCUCCAGUUGGACGUCCACUUGGAUCAAAGUAUGUCAAUGAUUUGGCAAAUAUGGACACAAUUGGGAAAGCCGCGUUAGCUGAUAUGAAUAAUGAAGUAGAUGAAGCUCUAUCGGAUGAUGAAGACGAUGGAGACAAUGAGGAUGAGGAUGAUGAUGGGAAUGAUGUUGGAGAAGAUAAGGGAGAUGAAAAUUUAGAAGAGAAACAAGAGAAAAAUGAAGAAGAAAUGGAUGAUGUUGAGCAGAAUGGAUCUGUUGAGAAUCAAUCAGGAGAUGCUUUGGAAAACGAGACAGAUUCUACAUCAAGGGGACAGAAAAGAAAGCAUUGUCCUGAAAUGGAGGACGAGGAAGAGGAAUCAGAUUCUGAUAAUGAGGAUGACGAUACCCCUAUGUCGUACAAAGCACUUUUGUCAGAUUCACGCAAAAAAGGUCGAAUUGUUCCAGAAAACGAGGAUGAUGCAGUAUUUGAUGUUGAUGAUGAGAAAGGCCACGCACCAGCUAAUAUAGAUGAAGAAGAAGAUGACGAAGACAAUGAAGAUGAGGAAGUACCGGAAUCUGAUGAUGACGAUGAGUUCGAGGAUAUGGCUGCAUUGAUCGAACGUCAGAUUAGCGAUGCAGUAGAUGAAAAAGAUCAAUGAGUUUUCUGUGAAAUCAUCAUGUGCUAUUAUUGUUUUCAUUUCCUAUUAUUCUUUCAGUUGUUUCCCAUCUUUUACAUCUCAUAAUUAUCACCCCCGUUCCCCAUUUGAUUCGAUACUCAAUGUUUUCUGUACUAUUUACCUCCAUUUAAAUGGGAAUAAUCUGACAAUUAAUGUCGGCUGCUUGAUCAGAGUGAUUUUCAUCAAAUCAAUCAAAACUUCACUAGAAGCCUGCAUUUUUGUCAUAUAUAAACGUUCACGGUUUGGAAUAUAGAUUGCUUUUUAUUCACUUAUCUUUUGCCUUUUGAUUGUAAAUUCAAGAAAAGUCUGUCACUAUGGAGUUAUUCAUCUUUCGAUUGCUUACUUAAAUACCUCUAUUUUCAUUUUAUCGAAUUAAUUUUUUUUUCUAAAUCGCGUCAUUGUCUCAUUUCUUCUCUCGUUUCACGUUGAUCGUUAUUAUUUUUUUCUGAAAAUGAAUGAGAUUCAUUUCUA